UUCAGAACACUGCCCGACACUGUGUCGGUGGUAUCAAGAGAGCAGAAUGGCGGGUGAGGGCAAAUCCGAGGGCAAAGCCGCUAAAUCCGAGGGCAAAGGAGCGCCCAAAAAAGGCAGCAAGAAAGCGAUUCGCAAACCGCAGACUGCGGGCAAGAAGCGCAGGAGGUCGAGGAAGGAGAGUUACUCCAUCUACGUGUACAAGGUGAUGAAGCAGGUCCACCCGGACACCGGCAUCUCCUCCAAGGCCAUGAGCAUCAUGAACUCCUUUGUGAAUGACAUCUUCGAGCGCAUCGCGUCCGAGGCUUCCCGCCUGGCGCAGUACAACAAGCGCUCGACCAUCACCUCCAGGGAGAUCCAGACCGCCGUGCGCCUGCUGCUGCCCGGGGAGCUGGCCAAGCACGCCGUGUCCGAGGGCACCAAGGCCGUCACCAAGUACACCAGCUCCAAGUGAGGGCUCACAGUCACUCCAUCUACACACAAAGGCUCUUUUCAGAGCCACA